GGGCUCAGCUGCAUGAGGAUCUGAAGCAUCUCCCUUUUGUUCCCGACGCACCCUGACAAAUGGGGAAGGACCGGAGUUUCUCUCGGCAUUUUCGGAUUUUCAUCCCCAAGAAGCACCGGCAGCGCUUUGACGAGGUGGUGUCUCAGAGCCUGAUCAGCAAACUGUGCCGCUCCAAGAGCGAGCAGCACAGCAACCGCCUGCGCCGCAGCCGCAGCGAGGACCACCAGGAGCGGCUAACCGUGCGAGUUUAUAAAGGCAACAGGAGCUUUGGCUUCACACUCCGUGGCCAUGCCCCAGUGUGGAUCGAGUCUGUUCUGCCAGGGAGCCCGGCAGAGAAGGCUGCUCUCAAAGCUGGAGACAGGAUCCUGUUCCUCAACGGUCUGGACAUGAGGAACUGCUCCCACGACAAGGUGGUGUCGAUGCUGCAGGGCAGUGGGGCAAUGCCCACCUUGGUGGUGGAAGAGGGGAUCGUCAACAUCUCCAAUGACUCUGACUCUCCUGAGUCCCCGAGCAGCUCCUCCUCCCUCACCUCCCUGCAGUGGGUUGCAGAGAUUCUCCCCUCUAGCAUCAAGAUUCAAGGAAGGACCUUCACGCAGCAGCUGGAGCACCUGCUGACCCCACCCGAGCGUUACACCGUCUGCAAGGCGCUGGAAGGCUUCUUCCAACACCGGAAUAUUGACACUCUCAUUGUGGAUGUGUACCCGGUGCUGGACACACCGGCCAAGCAAGUCAUCUGGCAGUUUAUCUACCAGCUGCUGACCUACGAGGAGCAGGAGCACUGCCAGCAAAAGAUUGACAGGUUUCUUGGGUACAAGUCCUUGGCAGCCGAGGCAGAGGUGGAGGAUCGGUUCCGCAGCUCCGUCCGAGGGGCCUCCCUGUGCCGGGGCAGCCUCCGGACCCCCCGCCCCGAGGAAGGGGGGGCAGCAGGCAGUGACACCGUGGAGGUCCCAGUUCGCCUGAUCCCUGGAGAGAGACAGGCUGGUGACGGCACAUCCCUCCCGGAGACACCCAACCCCAAAAUGAUGUCGGCUGUGUACGCAGAGCUGGAGAACCGCCUGAUCGGCGGCUUUGCCGGCAAGGUGGGAAACGCUGCCCUGCACAGGACAUCGCCCCCCGCCCCCGAGCGGGCACCGGCCCUUGGGGAAGACUCGGAUUAUGACAAGCUGAGUGAUAUGGUCAAAUACCUCGACCUGGAGCUGCACUUUGGGACACAGAAGCCCACGAUUUCUCUUCCAGAGCCAACUCUCUUGCCUGAGAACUUUAAAAAGAAAGACGUGGUUGAAAUUUUGUCCCACAAAAAGGCCUACAACACAUCCAUCCUGAUAGCCCACCUCAAGCUGUCGCACAUCGAGCUGCGCCAGAUCCUCAUGACGAUGGAGACGGACCGGUGCUCCACGUGUCACCUGUGCCAAGCAAGUGCAUCCUGCUUCCAUAUGCUGUCAGUACCCGAGUACAAGAUCCGCCUGCGCAGCCUGCACUUCAAGACCACCCUGCAGGAGAAGACAGAGGAGAUCAAAGCCAGCUACGAGUGCAUCUGCAAGGCCUCCCUAGAGCUGAAAAGCAGCAAGAAGCUGGCAAAAAUCCUGGAGUUCGUGCUGGCAAUGGGAAACUACCUGAACAAUGGGCAGCCCAAGACCAGCAAAACAACGGGCUUUAAAAUCAACUUCCUCACCGAGCUGAACACGACCAAGACUGUUGAUGGGAAAUCCACCUUCCUGCACAUUCUUGCCAAAUCCCUUAGCCAACACUUCCCAGAGCUCCUGGGCUUUGCCAAGGAUCUUCCGACAGUGCCGCUCGCUGCCAAAGUGAACCAGAGGACACUGACAGCCGACCUGAAGGACCUGCACACCACGGUCAGUGACAUCCAGCUGGCCUGUCACAACAUGCCAGCCACCGCGGAGGACAGGUUCGCCAUUGUCAUGACUUCCUUCCUGGAGAGUGCCCAGCCUGCCAUGCGGUCUCUGGACGACCUGCAGCACAAGGCCAUGGAAGAGUUCAGCAAGGUGUUGUCCUUUUUUGGGGAAGACUCGAAAAUGACAACUUCUGAAGCUUUCUUUGGCAUCUUUGCAGAAUUCAUGAGCAAGUUUGAGCGGGCUCUCAGUGACGUGCAGGCAGGCGAGAGCCAGCGCAGCCCCAGGAUGACCUCUCCCCUGGCCUGGUGAGGGGCCUGCAGUGACCUGAGCUGCCACAGUUCGUUGCCAACAAAGUGCAAUUUGCUCCUGUCGAGUCUGGUUGUAAAUACGCUGCUGCCACCUGCUCCCACCCAGCAGAGCCCCGGGCGGAGGGGCCGGGGCAGGUGGGCACUGAGCAGGCACCGCUGGUGACAGUGGGUGGUGUGAGGGUGAGGCACGGGGGGCACGAAGGCAAACACUGCACUGGGCUUGGUGACAGCUUUUCUAGCACCCUCCAUCUCCAGUGGAUUCCUGAGUCAAGGAUUUCAGACCCAUCUGAUGAAACUCCACCCUGCU